UUUCUCUUCGCCCUAACCUUCCUUUCCCACCCGUUAAGGUACCAGUACCACCUCUUCAACUUCAAGCCGCCAUCUGCAACCUCUCUCUCUCUAUCUCUCUGUGUUAGAGUUGAGAGAGAGAGUGCAUUCAAAGCAAAAGAAGCCAUACCAGAUAUCAAAUUUCGGAAAAUAUAAUCGUCGUCCUUUUCCCUGUGAACGGGAUUCUCACUUCUGAGCUUCCACAUUUGUCAUCAAGACAAAGUUCCUUCCAAUUUGUUCAGUUUCUCAAACAUGUCCGCCAAAUGGCGUGCUCUUCAGCACCGCCACCGCUAUACUUACAACGCCAUCAUUUUCCCCACUUCCUACACCGACUCCUUAGCCCUCAUACCUACCACCUCUUCCAAUUUCUUCGACCAAUUGAAACAACUGGUUUCCCUCAAUUCCAUUUACGCCCAAGUCGACCAUGCCAAGAAAGUCGCAUCCUCUUUCAUCGACUUUUUAUCCACCACCGAUGACGAUGCUUUGGUCUCCGUUGCCGCCCGCUUUUACUUGGAGGUUCUGUUCUUCGAGAACUCUCUGCAACUGCACCGAACCUUAGUCUCUUCCUUGGCCAAGACCCGCCACCACCAGGCUCUCAUCGGCACGUGCCUCCGCGCGCUCUGCGAGGAGCACGGCGGUCGUAAAGGCAGGCGCUUCUCCUCGUCGCGCGUGGCGUUAUCCAUUUUGGGAAUGCCCAAGUUGGGGUAUUUGGUGAAUAUCGUUGAAGAAUGUGCUAUCGUAGUCGCUUGGGACGCCGUUUUGAGCUUGAACGGCGUCGUGUCGGAGACGGAAGACUGGGCUCGGCCUUCUCCGAUCGUAAUGGAACAGUGCCAGGAGGCUCUGUCAUGUUUGUAUUACUUACUCCAACGGUUCCCGUCAAAGUUCACGGAUUCUGUAGGUGCCGAGAGUGUUCUCGAGACGGCUGUGACGGCUAUUUUGAGCGUUCUGAAGUCCCCAGCGUUUUCGAGGGACUGCUUCGUGGCCGCUGGGGUGAGCUUUUGCGCGGCUUUGCAAGUGCGUUUGAACGCUCAAGAACUUGGUUUGUUUAUCAUUGAAGCUAUAUUCUGUCAAACUACUCGUAGAUCAGUUAGUCAUUGCGAGAGUGAGCCUGAAAAUGUGACUGCAAAGGUUCCGUACAAGGGUGAUUUAUUUAGUGAAAUACAAAACUUCUCCGUUUUGAGCCGACUUUGCUUGCUUAGAGGGAUUCUUACAGCGGUUCCAAGAAACGUGCUUAAUACCCAGUUUGAUAUAUCGAGGGAUGCUUUCAAUGGGAAUGAGGGCGAUGCGAAUGGUGCUAAUUCUGUUAAGACCAUACUGUAUGAUGGGAUUUUGCCUGAGCUGUGUAACUAUUGCGAGAACCCAACUGACAGCCAUUUUAACUUUCAUGCAUUAACUGUGCUGCAGAUUUGUUUGCAACAGAUAAAAACCUCGAUGUUAGCAAAUAUUAGUAACCCUUCAGGAGAUUAUGAUUUAAUUCCCGAGGACAUGGGGGCUCGGGUGUUGAGAAUUAUAUGGGAUAACUUAGAAGAUCCUUUGAGUCAAACGGUCAGACAAGUUCAUCUCAUUUUUGAUCUAUUCUUAGACAUUCAAUCUUCCCUUCGAUGGUCGGGGGGUAGUGCGAGAAUAAAGUCAUUCUUGCAAAAGAUUGCUUCAGACCUUCUCCGCCUCGGGCCACGUUGUAAGGGAAGAUAUGUUCCUUUAGCUUCACUGACUAAGCGGCUGGGGGCGAAGACUAUGUUGGAUAUGAGUCCUGACUUGCUGUUUGAAACGAUACAGGCGUACAUGGAUGAUGAUGUAUGUUGUGCUGCCACCUCGUUUUUGAAGUGUUUCCUAGAGUACUUGCGUGAUGAAUGUUGGAGCAGUGAGGGCAUUGAAAAUGGCUAUGCAGCUUAUAGAGGCCAUUGUUUGCCCCCUUUUUUAUGCGGGCUUUCUUCUGGGGUUUCAAAGCUCCGCUCAAAUUUGAACACUUAUGCUAUGCAAGUCUUACUCGAGGUGGAUGUGGAUAGUAUAUUUUCUAUGUUUGCUUAUAUCUCUGUUGUGCCAAAUGGGGGCGGUGAAAAUGGACUGUUAUAUCCUGAUCUUGGUCCUGCCAACAUGGAACUAAAAGUUGAACAGAAAGUGGCCAUUUUAGUGUCAAUGCUCAAGGUAUCUCGUUUACUUGCUUUGAUUGAGGGCGACAUCGAUUGGUGCAGAAGCAAUGCGUUACACCGGAAAGAGGGUGGGCUGGGUACAGGUUGCUUCCCCCAUCAUGCACUUGUCUGCAUAAAGGGGGUACAGGUUGAAGUCCCUGUUGAGUGGCUAAUACUGGCACUGACCCAUGUUGAUGAGUCACUCCGUGUAGAUGCUGCUGAAUCUCUUUUCUUAAACCCCAAGACAUCUAGCCUGCCUUCCCAUUUAGAACUCUCUUUGAUGAAGGAAGCAGUGCCAUUAAACAUGAGGUGUUGCUCUACUGCUUUUCAGAUGAAGUGGACCAGCUUAUUUAGAAAGUUCUUUUCUCGAGUUCGGACAGCCUUGGAGAGACAAUUCAAGCAGGGGAGCUGGCAGCCACAAGUCUAUUACGAGAAUAGUGAAGCUUGUCUUUCAAAUGGAAUUGAGGAAAACAGAGCAGAUGAGCUUUUUCAUUUUAUGAGGUGGUUUAGUUGUUUUCUAUUUUUCUCAUGCUAUCCUUCUGCUCCUUACAAAAGAAAAAUAAUGGCCAUGGAGCUCAUUCUAGUAAUGCUUAAUGUUUGGUCUAUUGUGCCCUCUUCCCAAGAUGAACGUAAAUCUCUUUCUCCUGAAAGUUGUCUCUAUCCUUACAAUAGAGGAAUUAUACUACCCGAUUCUACUUUGCUGCUAGUUGGGUCAAUAAUAGAUAGUUGGGAUAGACUGAGAGAGAGUUCUUUCCGUAUAUUGCUUCAUUUUCCUACACCACUUCCUGGAAUUUCAAGUGAAGACAUGGUCCAGAGAGUAACUGCUUGGGCUAUGAGUUUAGUUUGCAGUCCACGUGUGAGAGAAAGCGAUGCUGGAGCUCUAACUUUACGGCUAAUAUUUAGGAAGUAUGUAGUGGAGCUUGGGUGGAUAGUCAAAGCGUCAGUUAAUCCUGUCUGUUUUCAUUCGCGGCCUGAACUGGAAAAUGGGAAUGGUCAGAAUGGUAAACCUAGGCAUCCUGUCAUUGAAUAUUUAAAGUCACUUAUAGAUUGGUUAAAUGUUGCUGUAGAGGAGGGAGAGAGGGAUCUUUCUGAUGCAUGCAAGAACAGCUUUGUUCAUGGUGUAUUACUUGCUCUACGAUACACUUUUGAGGAAUUGGAUUGGAAUUCUGAUGUGGUCUUGGCGAGAGUCUUAGGAAUGAGAGAUCUAUUAGAGAAGCUCUUGGCACUUGUCAUGCGAAUAACCUCUUUGGCACUUUGGGUGGUUUCUGCAGAUGCUUGGUAUCUCCCAGAGGACAUGGAUGAGAUGGUUGACGAUGAUAGUUUCUUGUUUGAGGUUUCUGAUGAGAUGAAUAUGGAGACACAUUCUUCAGACCAUGAAACAAAAAAUUCAAAGCUUGUCCAGGAUGUUAGAUCAUCAGAACAAAUAGUAAUGGUCGGUUGCUGGCUUGCAAUGAAAGAGGUGAGUCUUCUUUUGGGCACCAUUAUAAGAAGGAUUCCUUUACCAAGUAGCAGGAGUUCAGAGUCAUUGGAGUCAGGGGUCCCCUUUUCUGAUGCAGCUGAUUCUUCAGUGAUGACAGUAUCUGAUGCAAUGCUUGACGUGAAUCAACUUGAAACGAUUGGGUGCCACUUCUUAGAAGUCCUUCUGAAGAUGAAGCAUAAUGGUGCAAUUGAUAAGACGAGGGCUGGAUUCACGGCUCUUUGCAACCGUCUACUUUGUUCAAAUGAUCGGAGACUAUGUAAGCUUACAGAAUCCUGGAUGGACCAACUUAUGGAAAGGACUGUGUCCAAGGGACAAAUAGUUGAUGAUUUGUUAAGGAGAAGUGCAGGCAUUCCUGCUGCAUUUACUGCUCUAUUUCUCUCGGAGCCAGAAGGUGCACCAAAGAAGCUCCUCCCACGGGCACUACGAUGGCUAAUAGAUGUAGCUAAUGGGUCUCUGCUGAAUCCAACUACCAAUGGCACAAAUGGUGACCCAUGCAAAAUUUCGUCAACGGAACCAAACCAAGAAACCAAGUCUUCACUGCAACCUGAGAUAAACUAUGACAAAAACACCUCAAAGAUCCGACAUGAGGGUGUAAUUCCUACUGUACAUGCUUUCAAUGUCCUUAGAGCUGCUUUCAAUGAUACUAACCUGGCUACUGACACAUCAGGCUUCUCCGCUGAGGCUUUGAUUGUUUCUAUUCGCUCUUUCUCUUCACCAUACUGGGAGGUACGAAACAGUGCUUGUCUGGCGUACACUGCUUUGGUACGCCGCAUGAUUGGAUUCCUUAAUGUUCAGAAGCGGGAAUCCGCACGACGUGCAUUAACUGGGCUUGAAUUUUUUCAUAGGUAUCCCUCAUUGCAUCCAUUUAUAUUCAAUGAACUGAAAGUUGCAACUGAGUUGCUUGGAGAUAAAGCCUCGGGACAUUCAGAAUCUGACCUGGCAAAUGUUGUGCACCCAAGCUUGUGCCCUUUACUGAUACUUCUAUCCAGGCUCAAGCCUUCAACAAUUGCAAGUGAGACGGGAGAUGAACUUGACCCUUUCCUGUUCAUGCAGUUCAUCAGGAGGUGUUCAACCCAAAGCAAUCUACGAGUCCGUGUCCUUGCUUCUAGAGCCUUAACAAGUCUUGUAUCUAAUGAAAAAUUGCCAAUUGUCCUUCAUAAUAUAGCCUCUGAGUUUCCUUCUGUGGAAAACCCACUUACAACAUCCACUGUGACCCAAGAUUCUCCCCAUGCUUCCUUAAACUCAGUACAUGGACUGCUAUUGCAGUUAACUUCUUUGCUAGAUAUGAAUUGUAGAAAUCUUGCUGAUUUCUCAAAGAAAGAGCAGAUUCUAGGUGACUUGACCCAAGUUCUCCAGAGGCGUUUGUGGAUUGCAAGCCCCAGAUUGUGUCCUUGCCCCAUUCUCAAUGCCUCGUUCUUGAGGGUUUUGGAUCACAUGCUUGGUAUUGCAAGAACAGGCAGUGUGAGCAAAACAUUUUAUGCUAUUAGGAGCCUAUUAAUGGAGUCUUCUAGAGAAUGCUUAGAUGUUGAAGCUUCUUAUGGGCUGUCCUAUUAUGAUCCCACUAUAGCAGAACUUCGUGAACAAGCAGCCGUUUCCUAUUUUAGUUGCGUGUUUCAAGCAUCUAAGGAAGUGUCUGAAGACUUCUUUCAGAUUCCACGGAGAUGUCCUCCACCUGAUUCAAAAUUGUUGAAGAUUCCUGAAAUGGGGAAUGCUUCUGCUGGACUUGAGGCAAGGUUGAUCCGCUCCUUGUCAGAUACAUCGUAUGAAGUUCGACUUGCAACAUUGAAGUGGCUGCUUAAGUUCCUGAAAGCAACAGAUUCUGGUAAUGAGUUCCAUGAUCCGUCUAGCAGUGAGAUUAGAAUUAUUCAGAACUGGACCAAAUCUAACCUCCAGGCAGCAAUGAUGAGUUUCUUAGACUUGGAAAAGAAUAAUAGAUGCAUAUAUUACAUUCUAAGGAUUCUUUUCACUUGGAACUUGCUUCAGUUUCAGAAGGUUGGUGAUGAGAAAUGCACUCAAGCAGUUUAUGUUGGUGGGAUGGAAUGUAAUUCUUUGUUUCAAUUUUGGGAUAAGUUAAUUUCCUUGUACAAGCUCACGAGACAAUCAAAGACUCGAGAAACACUAAUCUGCUGCAUGGCAAUAUGUGUAAAGAGAUUUGCUGGUUUAUAUGCAAGUGCUGAAGGGUGGAGGGACUCCAGUGAGCAUUUCCAAUCUGAUCAGCUUGAAAGAUUGGCCCACUUGCAUGAUUGCAUCAUCUUCUUCACAAGCCUUGUUAAACAACAUAGUGCCUCUUCUGAACCAGUGAACACACGCAAGGCUGCAGCAGAAUCUAUCAUAGCAUCUGGAUUGUUGGAACAAGCAUUGCUUAUUGGUUCUUCUGUGCGCAAUAACCAAAUCCCAUGUCCAGAUUUAGGCUCUCGUGGUCACGAAGCUCUCAAUAUGUAUGCUCAUCAAAUACUGGAUAUGUGGUUCACUUGUAUCCAGCUACUGGAGGAUGAGGAUGAUGGGAUCAGGCAGAGGCUUGCCUUGAAUGUUCAGAAAUGUUUUGUUUUGGAGAAAUGCCAAAGAUGCUCUCAUGAUGGAAAGGUUCCAACCCAAGUGGAGAAAGUUAUAGGAUUGUGUUUUGACCAUCUGUCUUCAAUCUUUGGGCAUUGGAUUGAAUAUUUUGAUUAUCUUUUACAGUGGGUACUGAAUGCCGCUUGUCACACAGUACCCAAAGGAGAUCUUGUGAGACGGGUUUUUGACAAGGAAAUCGAUAAUCACCAUGAAGAGAAGCUUUUGAUCAGUCAAAUUUGCUGUUCCCAUUUGGAGAAGCUACCAGCUUCAAAAUCUUGGGUGGUUGAAUUAUCAGAGGAGGGGUUGAAAACUUAUUUGUACAAUUGGAGACGCAGAUUUUGCCGUCAAUUGAUGUCAUUCGCCAAGGACCAUGUUGAGAAACAGGGAGGAGUUGAUUGGAUUGGUGGCGUGGGCAACCACAAGGAUGCUUUCCUACCACUAUAUGCAAAUUUGCUUGCCUUUUAUGCGCUCUCAAACUGCAUUUUUAAUGGUAAAACAGAGAAUGGUAUGCCUAUACUCGCCGAAAUGGUUGAACUUGGUGGAACUAUUCGUCCAUUUCUUAGGAACCCUCUGAUUUAUAAUCUGUAUGUUUUAGUUGUUAAAUUACAUGAGAAAAAUGUUGGUAUUACUGCUGAAUACUUGAUCCCUGAAUUCAGAGAUGACUCUGUUUGGGACUGUUUUGAUCCUUAUUUUCUUCUUAGGUAAGGUCUAGUAUGUAAAAUAGAUUCCAGGUUCAUAUUAAGGUCCUUGAUGGUGGCCUCGGGAAGUUUUGAGAUAUGCAGGUUUGAAAGUUAUGCCAUGCAUAAUGUAUGAUAAACUUCAGCUAUUACCGUACAUUUUGUCUGUACAUAAUUCUUCAAAGUUUCUUGUUUCGGGUGAAGUUGAAUCUUUAACAUGCUUGUUAUAGAAGCAGAAGUUGUAUUCAUGCUG